GCAUCUCAGAGGCUGGCGAUGGAGGGAGCUCAGAACUGAAAGCUUUCCUCAGCCUGCAUUUUAAGGAGUGCAUGCGGGAGCUGAGUAAGCUGAUUUAUGAUAACUGCUUUAAACACUGGCAACUAAAAAGGUGUAAGAAUUUGGAGUUGCUGCAGUUCAAUAUGAAGGACAACUUCAGUUUUGCUGCCACCAGCAGAAACAUUACCGGCAGCCGUCCUUUUGAUAAUCUCAACGCAACUGGCACCAAUGACUCCGCCUUUAAUUGCUCACACAAACCAUCAGAUAAGCAUUUGGAAGCAAUUCCUGUUCUCUACUACAUGAUUUUUGUGAUUGGGUUUGCUGUUAAUAUUGUUGUGGUCUCACUGUUUUGUUGUCAAAAGGGCCCUAAAAAGGUGUCCAGCAUUUACAUCUUCAAUCUGGCCUUGGCUGACUUACUCCUUUUGGCUACCCUCCCUCUCUGGGCAACCUAUUACUCUUAUAGAUAUGACUGGCUUUUUGGACCUGUGAUGUGCAAAGUGUUUGGUUCUUUUCUGACUCUGAACAUGUUUGCAAGCAUUUUUUUUAUUACCUGCAUGAGUGUUGAUAGGUACCAAUCAGUCAUCUACCCUUUUCUGUCUCAAAGAAGGAAUCCCUGGCAAGCAUCUUAUGUAGUUCCCCUUGUUUGGUGUAUGGCUUGUCUAUCCUCAUUGCCAACAUUUUAUUUCCGGGAUGUCAGAACCAUUGAAUACUUAGGUGUGAAUGCUUGUAUUAUGGCUUUCCCACCCGAGAAGUAUGCUCAGUGGUCUGCUGGGAUUGCCUUAAUGAAAAAUAUUCUUGGCUUUAUUAUUCCUUUAAUAUUCAUAGCAACGUGUUACUUUGGAAUCAGAAAACAUCUGCUGAAGACUAAUAGUUAUGGGAAGAACAGAAUUACCCGUGACCAAGUCCUGAAGAUGGCAGCUGCUGUUGUGUUGGCAUUCAUCAUUUGCUGGCUUCCCUUCCAUGUUCUGACCUUCUUGGAUGCUCUGACCUGGAUGGGUAUCAUUAAUAGCUGUGAAGUUAUAGCAGUCAUUGACCUGGCACUUCCUUUUGCCAUCCUCCUGGGAUUCACCAACAGCUGUGUUAAUCCUUUCCUGUAUUGUUUUGUUGGAAACCGCUUCCAACAGAAGCUCCGCAGUGUGUUUAGAGUUCCCAUUACUUGGCUCCAAGGCAAGAGAGAGACUAUGUCUUGCAGAAAAGGCAGUUCUCUUAGAGAAAUGGACACCUUUGUGUCUUAAAUAUGUUAGUGGGAUGCAUGUAAUCAACCUAGCCAUUGGUUUGGAGGCCCACACAAAUGAUCUUUAAGUGGCAUCAGUAUAAUACAGUUCUUUGCUUUAUCUAAUCUUUACUUACUCCCCCCCCCCCCAGAACAAGAAGUCAAGUAGAACUGUAAAUCUUUAUACUCCACCAGCUUUCAGUAAUAGUGCCUUCUUUUGCUGGUCCUUUGGCAUGAGAUUGUCUUAUGUGAGCUAUAUCUAUAAUCUAGAAGUAUCUGGGGGAAUUAUCCCAACUUAUAAUUAACAACAAAUUAUGAGUGGUGAUUUGACAUCUCAGACUUCUCCCUGGAAAAUGCUGGCAUUUCUUAGUGGAGUUUUUUUUGUUCAUUUUCAUCAGAUUUCUUUUUUUCUUGAACAAAGGCCAAUUUAAACUUCUUACACUAUCCAACCAUAUGAUAUAGCAUGAGAGGUGAGCACUAAGUUUAGCAUGAUAUACUCUUCUAUAUAUGCCAUAGGUUGGUAGUGGCUUAUUCAGUCUCUAGGUAUAUAGUUUCUCCUUUUAAAGAAAAUGUAAGUUGUGUUCCUUUUCCAUUUCACUCGAGAAUAGCUUUUGUACUUAUUAUACAGCUACACACUGAGCAGAUCUAGAAUGUAGAUUAAAUCACACAUCUGUCUUAGCUUAUUCUUGCAGUUAUAGAAAGUACACUAUUUAGUAAAACAGAACUGCAAUGAAAAGUAUUUUAGUAUCCACAAAACUGAAUAUACACUUUGAAAAUUUUUCAUCCAUUUUGACUCUUGUUUAUUCUAUUAUCUUCUGAUGAUUUUUGAAUACAACAACAAAACACUGUAUUAUGACACUAUGUAAAGGUCACUUUUUAAAUUUUUAACCUUUUGAACAUGGUGCUUUGAUAUAUUCAAUGGUGACUUGAGUUUAAUUAUUCAUGCUUUUGUUCUGGGCUUCGUCCCAAAAUAUCUCUUUGACCCUGAAAAAGAGAGGAUUCUUUAAUUCUUUAACUUUGUAAUAAAGUGCAAACUGGCAUGGGAAAAGGUUAUGUCAGACUGGAAGUUUGAUGCCUUCUUGGGGGCAAACAGACCCAGCAAAUGGCAAGUUUGGUGUCCAACAAGGAACUUGUCAGAACAAAGACUCCCUGGGGGGUAGUUUGAAUCUGCAUUUCUGGGCACAGUUCCAGAAUGUAUAAGAGUCUGUGAAGGUGAUUUAAAUCAAGCCCAGGUCCACAGAGCUCAUUCUUAACACGAGUACAUCUCUUACAUUAGAGGAAUAUAACACCUGAAGCUGUGUUACCUAAAGUUUACUCAAACUUCACAAUAAAUAUUAAUUCAGAAGUUAAAGAUGUCAUUCUCUGCCUGUCCCAUAUUAUACCAGGUCACCUAAGACCUUCCUGGAUUGAUGCUGACCUAUGAGGUAGAUUCAAAGUUCUGGGAAUGUAACAUUUCUGCCAGAUUCCAGGCUUUUUAAGUUGAAGAAUCCUCUCAUACCCCUUCCUUGGAAAACCCUGAUUUCAUGUAUUCAUGUUAAUUUUUAGUAAAAACAAAUAGCUAAAUAUGUAAUCAGUUAUGACUUUGUGUUUUAAGUAAUUUUACACAAAAUCUCAUAAAAAUAAAAUCAUUACUGGGAGACCA